UCAAUUCUAACCCGGAAGAGCUGAAACGGUUAAGCGAGUGUAUCGGUAUCUAACUAAGAUUGCUUGGCUGUCAGAAGUGAAAACACCCGUGGGUGGUGGAAAGGGGGAUGGGUCGCUGUGAACUGAUCGUAAAGAGAACUGAUCAAUAGACUGGUGUGGUGAGUCCUGCAGGUGAGGAUGACGAUGGCGCAUGUUGGGGCAGUAGUGGCAGCAGUGAUGGGGCUGAUGGCUAUCCUGCUUCAUUCAUCCAUCCAUAAGAUAGAGGAGGGACACUUGGCCGUUUACUACAGGGGAGGAGCUUUGUUGACCACGCCCAAUGGCCCUGGGUAUCACAUAAUGUUGCCCUUCAUAACCACCUUCAGAUCUGUACAGACAACUCUCCAAACGGACGAGAUCAAGAAUGUGCCUUGUGGAACCAGUGGAGGUACGAUGAUCUACUUUGAUAGGAUUGAGGUGGUCAACAUGCUGGUCCCUACUGCAGUGGUUGACAUUGUGAAGAACUACACAGCUGAUUAUGAUAAGACUCUCAUCUUUAACAAGAUUCACCACGAACUCAACCAGUUCUGCAGUGUGCAUACCCUACAGGAGGUCUACAUAGAGCUGUUUGACAUCAUAGAUGAGAACUUGAAGAUCGCCUUGCAGAAGGAUCUCAAUUGCAUGGCCCCUGGACUUACAAUACAGGCGGUCCGUGUCACAAAACCCAAGAUCCCCGAGGCAAUCAGGAGGAACUUUGAACUCAUGGAGGCCGAGAAGACUCGUCUGAUGAUAACAGUCCAGACUCAGAGGGUGGUGGAGAAGGAAGCGGAGACUGAGAGGAAGAAAGCCAUCAUUGAGGCUCAGAAGAUGGCCGAGGUGGCUGGGAUCCACUUCCAACAGAAGGUGAUGGAGAAGGAGACAGAGAAGAGGAUUUCUGAGAUAGAAGACUCUGCCUUCCUGGCGAGGGAGAAGGCCAGGGCUGAUGCUGAAUACUACACAGCUGCCAAGUUUUCUGAAGCCAACAGGUUGAAGUUAACCCCUGAGUACCUGGAACUGAUGAAGUACCAGAGCAUAGCAGCCAACAGCAAGAUCUACUUUGGCCAGGACAUCCCCAACAUGUUUGUGGAGGGCAACAACAACAGCCCCUCCAUCGCGGAAGCGGACGCCCUCCCGGACGCCCAGCUCCGGGAACACUGAGACACCCAGCCUGUCUGCCCCCCUGUCUGUCUGUCUCUGGGCAGGGAGGGGGGAGGACGGUCACACUUUGUGGGGGAGGGAGGGGUGUGUCUCACCAGGGAAGGCAUGAACUCUGAUGGCUUCAGGGUGGCAGAGCUGCGCAACUAGCUUGGUGGGAGUAAAAAAAAAAAAAAAAACUACAAAAAAAAA